CACGACCCCAAAUGGCUUUGGUACAGUACUCCGAAUCAGAAUCAGAAUCGGAGCCGGAGUUCCAACAACCGCCGACUAAAAGACCCCGCCAGACCAUCCACAACCAAUCUUCCUCGCUCCCGCCCCUGCCAGCAGCUUUCCACGACCUUUACGCCUCAAGCACUCGCGUCAGCGUACGAGAUGACCCCAGUCUCCACGGGGGCCGGAAAAGAGUCAUCCCCCACGUCGAGGGGAACUGGCCGACCCACAUCUAUCUGGAAUGGUAUCCAUUCAAAGAAGAGCUGUCCACUCUAAGCGACGCGAUAGCGCAGAUUGAGGGAAGCCUUGAUGGCCAUGGGACAGAGCUGCAUAGCUUGCUGCACAGUGAUCUGGGCGCACGGCUUCCACUCCACAUCAGUCUUUCCAGGCCCGUUGUGCUGAGAACCGAGCACAGACAGCAGUUCCUGGAGGGGUUCGAGGCCGCGAUGAAAAAGUCGAACAUCGCAGGCUUCGAGGUCACACCCAAAAGUUUAGACUGUGUUUCCAAUUAUGAGAAGACCAGAUGGUUUUAUGUCCUGCGCGCGGAAAGACCGGAGGACGAUAAUCUGAACCGUCUUCUCAGCCUCUCGAAUCGCUGUCUUGCUCGCUUUGAGCAGCCCCUUCUGUAUGAAUCGCCGCAGGAUGCGAUCGCCUCGCUCAUGGCCCAAGGCACUGCUACGCGGCGGCCAGGUGUGACUCGUGUGGGUGAACAGGCCGUGGGCAAUUAUUCCCACUGUUUUCACAUAUCGCUAGCAUGGAGCUUGACAGAUCCUUCACCCCAGGAGAAGGAGCAGAUCGCAAAAAUGGAUCUGCGCAAGGUACAUGGUCUCAAGCUUCGCUUUGAUUGCGUCAAGGUGAAGAUUGGGAACAAUAUUUCAAGCAUACCACUUUUCAGUGGCGGCGUGUGAUAGGGACAUCACCUGCGGAAGC